AUGGGCACACACGCACAAGCACAGAGCCCGGUGUCCGUGUGUCUGUCCGACUGUGCGCGCACUGGUGCUGGUGCUGGUCGUCUUGAGCGGUGUGGUUCAGCCGAAGUCGAGCCGCAGUCCACGGUGGCAAAGACAGCGGCGAUGUUGGCCAGUACGUGUCUACCACCACCACAACCUCCGCCACUGUCUCUGCCACGUCUGGCCGAAGUCGAGCCGCAGUCCACGGUGGCAAAGACAGCGGCGAUGUUGGCCAGUACGUGUCUACCACCACCACAACCUCCGCCACUGUCUAUGCCACCGACUGACGGCUGCUCGUUGAUAACAAGUGGCCUGUGCUGCAGCCAAAGUCGAGCCGCAGUCCACGUUGCCGAAGUCGAGCCGCUGUCCACGUUGGCAAAGACAGUGGCGAUGUUGGCCAGUAUGUGUGAGACACCACCACAACCUCCGCCACUGUCUCUGCCACCGACUGACGGCUGCUCGUUGAUAACAAGUCGUCUGCGCUGCAGCCGAAGUCGAGCCGCAGUCCUCGUUGGCAAAGACAGUGGCGAUGUUGCCGAAGUCGAGCCGCAGUCCACGGUGGCAAAGACAGUGGCGAUGUUGGCCAGUAUGUUUCAGACACCACCACAACCUCCGUCACUGUCUCUGCCACCGACUGACGGCUACUCGUUGAUAACAAGUCGUCUGCGCUGCAGCCGAAGUCGAGCCGCAGUCCUCGUUGCCGAAGUCGAGCCGCAGUCCACGGUGGCAAAGACAGUGGCGAUGUUGGGCUGUAAGUGUCAGCCACCACCACAACCCCCGCCAUUGUCUCUGCCACCGACUGACAGUUGCUCGUUGAUAACAAGUGGUCUGUGCUGCAGCCGAAGUCGAGCCGCAGUCUACGGUGGCAAAGACAGUGGCGAUGUUGCCGAAGUCGAGCCGCAGUCCACGGUGGCAAAGACAGUGGCGAUGUUGGCCUCCGAAGUCGAGCCGCAGUCGACGGUGGCAAAGACAGUGGCGAUGUUGGCCUGUAAGUGUCUACCACCACUACAACCUCCGCUACUGUCUCUGCCACCGACUGACAGCUGCUCUUUGAUAACAAGUGGCCUGUGCUGCAGCCGAAGUCGAGCCGCAGUCGACGGUGGCAAAGACAGUGGCGAUGUUGGCCUGUAA